AUGGAGGACCCGCUGCUGGAGGAGGAGUUCAGGCGGUUAAAGAAGAGAGAUUUGUUCCAAACUUACUUCUUUAAAAUGGCUUGUCGCGCUUUUGGGCCGCCGAAAUGCAGGGAGCGCCUCACGGUGGCGCCCCUGAUGCCGAAGUUCACUGUCCCGGUCCACCGCGCUCCUCCUGUCCCAGCCGAGGUCUCUGCAAAGGGAUCCGCCCGCAGAGAGCCGAGCUACACGGGGGAGGGCGGCGCGGAGCUGGCAGAGUGGAUCAGAGAGAGGAGGGCGCUCCGCGGGGCGCUGGACCGCCUGGGCGAGCUGGAUGGGUGGCUGGACAGCAAACCCACCCUCACUGAGCUGGAGUACGAGGUCAUGGAUCGGAGGAGAGAAACGAGGAAAAGCCCAGCUGCACCUCUGCACCUAAGUGACAUGGGCAAGCAGGGAGCCAUGCAAGAUGAGGAGGUUCUGGCUAGUCUAAAAAUGGUCAGAAUGGGUAGUGAGACCCACUCUUACCCAUCCACUCUGGGUGGUCAUACAGGCAAGGCUGUGGAGAGCUUCAGGAGACAGAGUCUGAGAGAAUAUCUAGACUCUCUGGAGCAGUGCCAACAACAUAAGCUGCCUAUUAGCCCCACCACACUACAGAGAGUAUUUCUGCACCCUGGAGAUGCAAGUGGGUGUAAGGGGUUGGCAUUGAGGCAGGUGAGCUCGAGCGCUUUUCUGGGCUGUGGUGAGCGUCUGAGGGGACAAGUGUCCUACAGCAACUCUUCUCAAAAGGGAAAAAAAGAAGAGAAUGAGGAGGAACAAGAAUCAACGCUACAUAAAGUCCACAGAGAGAGGAGCAGAAGGCAGCCUCUGACCCGGCGUGCUGACCCUAACGCAUUCUGGCCAGGCCAUGAUGGUCAUGUGCAGUUAUAUCAGCCUGUGAUGUCUAACCAUCCUGAGAGUGCGCUGUUUCAGCUCGUAGUACACACCCCAACUCCAAGCCCUGGACACUGGCCUGUUAAUCAAGCAGGAUACUUCACCUCUGGAGACAUCAGUGCACACAAGACCUAUAUAUUGUAG